AUGUUUCUGACAGACUACGUCAGGAGUGGUGAUUCAAAGCAAUGGGGGGCGCUCUCACUCAGGACUGCAGUGCGUUGGGAGAAGGGAAUACAUACCGCUCGAUCCUUGCGCACCUGGACACGCGCGUUCUUGACAGACCGGCACGAGCUCCCACUGACCCCCGAGAACACAUGGACGAAAUCUCUUCUCGAAAAACGGCCAGAUCUGAAAGAGGCGAUUGGCGAGCACUUGCAAAGUGUUGGCAAAUAUGUUCGAGCACUGGACAUUGUCGACUUCAUGGCUCUCCCUGCUAAUCAAGUGAAGUAUGGACUUGCCAAGCCGAUUUCGCUCUCGCAGGCCCAAGUUUGGAUGCGGCAUCUAGACUACCGCUGGACCAAGACUCCGAACGGACAAUUCGUUGAUGGCCAUGAACGUGCAGAUGUUGUCGAGUACCGGCAGUCUAGGUUCCUACCCGCAAUUGCCGACUACGACCAUUUCGCACGUCAGUGGAACAAGGACGGAACAGAGGUUUCACUACCAGACGACUCACCUCGCCCUCGUAACCGCCGUGUCAUCUACUGGCAUCAUGAUGAGUCCGUCUUCUAUGCUCAUGACCGCCGUACUCGCCGCUGGGUUCACAAGUCAGAGAAGGCAGUACCACGAGCAAAGGGAGAGGGCGCAUCUCUUAUGGUCGCCGACUUUGUCUCUGCUGAGCACGGCUGGUUGCGGUCUCCUGAUGGAAAGGAGUCAGCACGAGUCCUGUUCCGACCAGGGAAGAAUCGGGACGGCUACUUUACACACGAAGAGAUUCUCGCGCAUGCCACCACCGCAAUAGACAUCCUCUCGCAACAUUACCCUGAUGAGCAACAUGUUUUCAUCUUCGACAAUGCACCUACUCACCUGAAACGUGCUGCCGAUGCGCUCUCUGCCAGGAAGAUGUCCCUACACCCAACUAAACCCGGCAAACCAGUUUUCGGGGUGGACCAGAUCCCCGAGUUUAUCACGAACGAUGCGAACGGGAACAAGCACAAGAGGAGGGUCCCCAUGGCAGACGGCUGGUUCGAAGGGAAGCCGCAGUCGCUCUAUUUUGAGCCCGGACACCCACGCGCAGGCGUCUUCAAGGGAAUGGCACAAAUCUUGACAGAGCGUGGGUAUAAUCUCACGGGCCUUCCGAGGGAGUGCACUGGAUUCAAGUGCAAGCCCCCUGCCCUGUCCUGCUGUGUCCGACGGCUCCUGUUCAACGAGCCAGACUUCCGGGAUGUCGAGACACUGCUUGAGACCCACUGCCGGUCUCGUGGUUUUGAUAUCAUUUACCUGCCAAAGUUCCAUUGUGAGCUCAAUUGCAUUGAACAGUGCUGGGGAUUUUCGAAGCGCAAGUAUCGUGAAAUGCCGUCAUCUUCGGCAGAAGCAGACCUCGAAAGGAAUGUUCUUGCUGCGCUGGACUCUAUUCCGCUGGUGACGAUCCGAAGGUUCUAUACUCGGGCCCACCGCUUCAUGGACGCAUAUCGUCGUGGUCUCAACGGGAAGCAGGCAGCUUGGGCAGCCAAGAAGUAUCACAGCCAUCGUGUCCUUCCGAAUAACAUCCUCGAGGAGCUUGACCGGGAAGGCAUCACUUCAGAGGACUGA